AUGUUUUUGGCUUCUGAAAAGAAAGGAUUAACAUUUAUUGAAUAAUAUAUUACAAUGAUGAUCAUAUUAAAGAAAUAACAUUAGUUAACAAGAUUAGCAUCAGCCAUAAUAAUAGUGAUCCCUUACAUUUAACUUCUAAUUUUGACAUUAGAUUUGAGAUUAAGUGAAAAUACAAAGAAAGAAUCAAUACAUUUUCAAAUUGUAAAGAGUUUUAUAAGACCUGAUAUAUGGUUAAUAGAGAAAGAAAAUGAAUAAUAAUCCCUACUGUUUAUAAUUGUGCUUGUGAUAAUGUUGUUUUAAAAAGCAAAGCUCAUAAUCAUAGUUAUAUUGUAUUAUUAUAUUCUAAACUAAGACAAUCUAUUAGCUCAUUUACAAAAUAAUUUUUAUAUUAAGAUUCCUAUUCUUAUUUUAAGCCUCUACUAAUAAAUUAUAUCUUUAAUACUCUAUUAAUGGUGUGUAUUAAUUUGUGUAUGCAGUAUUAAAAAUCUUUUUGAUUAGAUAGUUAUUAAUCAAUAAUUUUUAAACUUGUUUCUAAUAUUUUUAGUUUUAUUAACUUUAAUAUUAGUAGUUUUAGAUAAUAUUUUACACAUAAAGGUAAUAGAAAAACCAAUUACUAUGAAAAUAUAGGGAUUGGAGAGAAAGAAUACCAGUACAUUAAGAUAUGUAUCUUUGAUCAUAGAAUUUAUUGUUUAAUUUCUUUAUAUCUUUCAAAAGGAUUAACCUUCAACUUUACAUCUAUUAAUUGGAUUAUCUUUAUUAAAAUGUUGUCUUGAUCUUUAUGAUUAAUUUACAAAUUAUGUUUUUGUAAAUGGAAAAUUAAUUAAAGUCUUAAUAUGUGGAAUAUCAUUUUCAAUAAUAGUUAAUUUUUUAAUAGAAAUAAUAGAAUUAUAAGAUAAAUAUGGAUCAAGAGUUAUAUUUUAGACUCUUGUUUUAACUCCUAUUUUAUUUUAAAUCUUAUUGAAAUAUUAUCAAAUAGAUUAAAAGUAAAAUCUAGUAACAUUAUUUAAUGAUCAAAUUGUAUCACCUAAAAGAUUCAUAUAUCAUAUUACAAGCAUUUUAAAUGAAUAAAAUUUCGAAUUUUGUACUAUUCAAAGAUCUCUCAUUUAAUAAUAUCAUUACAAAAAAUGUUAAAAUCUAUCAUGUUCAAUCUGUGGACAUUAAUAUAUAUUAGAUACUCGAUCAGCAUAAGGAAUUACUAUAGAAAUCUUUAAAGAAUUCAUAUAAUCAAGAUUGAUUAUACUUUUAAAGGAGUCCUUAAAAUUAAAUUUUACUGAUUAAUAAAGUUGCAAAAAAUCAAAAAGAAGAUUUCUUAGUUAUGUGUUUCUAUUAUAUGACUUUGGAUGGAUAAUGUAAUCAUUAUAGUAUUUACAUUAAUUAAAAAAUGCUUAAUAAACAUAGUAAUCAAAUUUGAAAGGAUUAAAAAAUCAUUUAGGUACAUUACCUUAAAGUAAUUCAUAUUCUGAUAGAAAUAGCCAUUAUGUGACUGGAGACAAUCAAACUAAUUUGUCUUAACCUUAAAAUAUAGAUGCAAAUAUGUAAUAUUAAAUAAAUAUCUUAUUAAAUUAAAUUAAAUUUAGUAUGCUUGAGUCAAUCUUUAUAUCAGUAACAUUAGAAGAAGCAAGAAGAACAAUAUAGAAAAAUUUUGGAACAGAUGAUUAUGUUUAAUAAUAAUCUAUUACAUCUGAUUUUGUUACUUAAUAUUUAUUAAAUGAGGUUUAAGUUUAAUAGUCAAUAAAUAUAAUUAUUAAUUUAGUUAAAUAAAAAAUAAAAUUUUAUGAAGAUAUGAUGAAAAUUAAAUCAGAUGAUAAAAAAGUAAAUUUUUGGGAUAAUCACUAAAGCUAUUAAAAUUUAAUUGAUAAAUGUAAAUAAUUUAAUGAUGGAGAAUCUAAGAUUAUAGAAAUGUAUAAUAUUCAUCCAAGUUAUAUAUUACAUCAAGCUUUAAAUGUAUUUUAUUGUUUUAUUUAAAAUGAUUAUGAGAAAGCCAUGUAAUUUUCAAGAAGUCAAAAAUUCUUAGAUGAAAGAUAAUUAAAAUUUUUAAAAAUUAAGAAUUUUAAUGUAAAUUCUAAAGAUAUUUAUUAUUUAAUAAUGACAUUAUAAGAUGAUAUGUAACACUUUAACAUAUUAACUCAUUCUAAUUAAUUAUUCGAUCUUUUUGGUGUAUUUAGAAAUAAAGGAGAAAACUAUUAAUUUGAAGAUCUUAUACCAUUAGCAGUAGUUAAUUAUCAUCAUCAUUUUGUUGGUUAAUUUUUAGAAACUGGAUAAUGUAAAUUCUUUAAAAUAUUUGAUAUUAAUUUUAUAGUUACUAAAGAUCAAUUUAUUUAAGCUAUCUAUUUAAAUGUUGAUGUAACUGAAUUAUUUGUUAAAUCAAAUCUAACAUUUUCAGCCUUUUUUUAACCUCCAACAGAAGAUUUGAUGUUUAUUUUAGUUGAUGGAGUUAAACAUUAAUGUCUAUUUACAAAGAGUAUUUUAAAUUAAAUUGGAUGGAAUUCUGAAUAAAUUUAAUGGUUUAAAGUUAAUUAUGAUAUUAAUAAGAUUUCUAUAGAAAGUAUAAUGCCAGAUUUCUUAGAUAUUCUUGAAUCUCUUAUUAAAUUAACAGAAACAUCUCUUAGUCAAAUUGAAUUAAUCUUUCCUAAACCUCCUGAAAAAUUAUCUUAAAAAUAAUAUGAUUUCCAAUCUCUGAAAAAUAUUCGAAAUAGCUAUUUUAGAUCUAAUACAAUCUAAAAUAUUAAAUAUAUUUGUGAUCUUACUAUUAGAAAAAGAUAAAUUUCUAAUUUUGUUUAUUAUGUAAUGCAUAUAUCCUAUAUUCAAAAAUAAUAAAAUGUUGAAAGCAAUUUAGAAAAUUCAACUAAUAGAUAGAGAUCAAAUAUCAUUAAUGAUUGUGAUUUUGAUAGUGAAAUCAAUGAUUUAGAAUUAAAAAAUAGAAAUCAAAUAUUUUAAGAAUUUUAAAAAUAAGUUAAUAAUUCUACUAAAUAAAUGUAAAGAAAUGUAAAGUUAUUUUCCAAUUAUACAAAUGAUUAAAUUUAAGAAGAAAUAUUAAGUCCAGGUAGAAUAUGUAUAACAAAUCAUAAUAAUCAAGAUAAAAAUGAUAUUAAUGAAUUUAAAGAAUUAUUACAUUCUAAUAAAGACAAUUAAUAAUAAUAUUUUUGUCAUGAUGAUCAAAUUAAAGAUUGUUCAUCAUAUGAAUUAAUAAUUUCUUAAUUUACAAGAAAAUAAGUAAAAUAAUAAAAAACAAAGACUUUGAAUGAUAUUUCAAAAGAUAGUUUAUGGAAGAAAUAUGAUAUCAUUCAUAGAAUUAUGUAAAACUCAAAACCAAAAUAUAUAGUUCAUUUUUUAAUCUACACUUUCUUACUUUUAAUUUCUUUUUUAAUUAUUCCAAUUUUUAUAAUGUAUGAAUUCAAUAAAGAUUUAAAUAUUUUAAUUGAAUAAAUUGAAAUGUUAUAAUUGCAUGCUAGUAUUAUGGGUCCUCAUGAUCUCUUUUUUUCAAUGAGAAUUACUGUAACAUCCUAUUAAAUACAAUAUAGAGAAGGAUUUAUUAAUGCUAAAGAACUCUAAGUCCUCACCACUCCUUUCCUUUAAUACCUACCUUUAGGUUAUUAAGAAUUACAAGAUAACUUUUACACUUAAUUAACUAAUCCCUAUUUAGCUUAAUUUUUAAAUGAUGUAACAAUCCCUGUUUGGUUCAUGGGGGAAAAUUCUUCUGUAAUAUAUUCAUAAGAUGUUACAUUUAGAGAUAACUUAUUCAUUAUGCUUUCAUAUUAACAAUAAUAAUUAUCUGCUUAUAUGUUUAAUAGAGCUAUUGCUGGUUAACCAUUUUAAGUAUUUUUAAUAGCAAAUUAUUUAAUAAUGUAGAAUACUUGUGAAAGUUUGACAAGGGAAAUAAAAGUGUAUUCUGAAGAGAAAUGUAAUUAAAUAUAUAUAAAGUGGUCAAUUCUAUUAACAUGCUUUGUUUUUGUGUUUAUUUUUUUGUUAUUGAUAGUAUUUUAUUAUCAAAGGAAAUAUUUUGCUUCAUAUGAUCUAAUUAUAGGAUUACUAAGGCAUAAUACAGAUGAGAUUAUUUUGAAUGAAAUAUCAAGAUAGAAGACAUUAUUAAAUAUCAUUUCAGCAACUAUGCUUGAUGAAUUCCAUUUAGAAAAAGAAUAUUUUAUGAUAAUUAAAAUAUAAAAUUCAACUGAAAAUGCUAAAUAGAAUUAAUUAAUUUAUCAUAAAUUUGCCUAAUAAUAUCCACAAUAUAAAUAUAACAUAGCCAAUAUAAUUUUCUUACUAUUAAUAAUAAUUUAUGGAAUAAUAGUAUUUGUAUAAGCUUAAUAAUAUCUAACAAAAUACAAUGUUACAACAGAUUUCUUUAAAUUAAUUUAGGAUUUAAAAUUUCGAGGAGGUAAUGGAUUUCUUUAUAGAGAAUUGUUUUUUCGUUUUUCUAGUUAUCCUUUUCUUACAAAAUCAGAUCAAGAAAAUUUAUAUAUUUUAUUAAACAGAUCUUAAAAUGUUUUGUAAGAAUUUAAUUCCUUAAUUGAAACAAUUCAUUAUGAUGAUUAUUUAUUAACAUAAAAUUUCAUAGAUUUAUUAGAAUUAGUUUAAGUUAAUGAAAUGUGUUCAUAAGUUGAUGAAGUAUAAAUAAUAUACUAUAUUUUUUAGAAUUUUAAACCAUUAAUGGAUUAAUAUUGUUAAUUGUCUUUUGAAGGAAUACUCUCAAAAGGAAUUGUACCUACUUUAAGUUAUCUUUACAAUUAAAUAUAAACUUAAUAGUAAAUGAACAAUUUUACAAAAAGAGUAGAAAUGCAUAAGUAUGAAUUAGAAGGAGCUUAAAUAAUUACAAGGGCUUUUUUUGCACUUUCAAAUAGUUUUAGGAGUAGUUUCAAAGAAAUUACAGAAGAAACAUUGAAAUAAUUGAAUGUAAAUAUUAUCUAUAUUUUAGAAUGUCUCAAUAAGUUAUUUGGUAUUUUGUGGCAUUACAAUUUUAGCUUUAAUUUUAUUAUACCCAAAAUAUUUGUUUAACCAGUAUUAAUUAAUAAAAAGGAUUGUGUACUUUAUACCACUUUAAAUUUUCUUGAGAGAUGGGUAUUUGGAAAGAAAUUUAAAGGAAAUACUUAUCAAAUAAAUUUGA